AUGCUGCUAUAUGCGUUAUUACUACUGUUAAGUGAAUAUUAUGGUCGGGGAGAAUUCACCGACCACUUCAACGAUUUCUUAAAGAGGAAAUAUGGGAUAAAGAUACAAAUACUUCUAGAAAGGCUCGAUAUGGGCCUUGGCCUUUGGGGCAGUUUCGGUGGGAAACUGGAUGAAAACGAUCCCAUAAGCAAAAGACCAGUACUUUUUAUACAUGGGGCUCUUUCACGUGCUGCCGUAUUCCUGAAACAUCGCGAAUAUUUUAUUUAUAGAGGAUACUCUUGGUCGGAACUUUAUGCAACAUCAUACGGUAACGGGUUAAAUUCAGUAAUUUUCGAUGGUGUUCACUGCAAAUACAUCAAACAGAUUCGUCAAAUGUUAUUAGCUGUGAAUAACUAUACAGGAAAGACUGUCAAUAUUAUAGCAUAUUCUAUGGGUUCAGCAGUUUCGAGGAAGGCUAUUCUGGGCUCUUUUUGCUUUGAUACUGGUGAAUUGCUUGGUGCUUCUUUGACUCACUUGGUAAAUACAUUUAUAACCGUCGGUGGUACAAAUCAUGGUUUGCAAAUAUGUCCUUUAAUUUUCCCCCUUUGCGGUAGCAUUUCAUCUCUACACUGCAACUCCAAACUCAUGAAAGAACUGAAUUCGCAACCAAAUCGUUUCGAAGGACGUAGCUCUUACGAUAUAUACAGUCUCGACGACUCGAUCAUUGGCCUCCACUGUUGCAACGAAAGUUGUGGUGUCCUGCCUAAUCAUAAUGCAUCUUUUAAGGUCGCUGACCUGGACCACUUUACGCUCCUAUCGGAAACUAUUACGUUACAACUAUCACUUCUGAAACAAACAGACGGACAAAAUAAUAAUAAUAGUAUCACUAGAAUAGCUGACAUUAAUUCUGAAGAUGAUAUCGAAUAUAGUUAA